AUGACCGAACUUUCUUCAACCCCAACAGAAGCAACGACCGCACCGCUCCUCCAGCCAAGGGAGGCGGCCGAUGCUGGAGAAUCGCCUCGGCCGACGACGCUAGCGAUGCUGCUUGGACGGGCCUCGGGGCGACGGGGCCCGUCGAUGCUUGUCCGAGAGACUGCGGCGCGGCAGCUGGAGGAGCGGCGUGCUGAUUGGGGGUACUCGAAACCAGUGGUGGCGUUGGAUAUGAUGUGGAACUUGUCGUUCGUGAUUGUGUCGGUCGUUAUGUUGAUUGCUACGGUGGAGGAACGGCCGAAUGUGCCGAUUAGGCUUUGGAUUUGUGGCUAUGCUUUGCAGUGUUUUGUGCAUGUGGUAUUGGUUGGGGUGGAGUAUAGGCGAAGGAAUACGCGGAGAAGGAGGACUCAGGAGACGGUGAUACAACGGGCGGGGUGGAAUUCGGAUGCGAAUGAUAGCGAGGAUGAGGAAGGCAGUUUUGGGGCUUCGAAUCAAUCGAGUGAUGUAGUGGAUGGUUAUGUUCAUUUCUUCAUUUUGCUUGCUCUACUGAUUCAGAGAAUGAAACAUUAA